AUGGAUUUUGCCUAUGCGCCUCCGCCGCCUCCCCCUUCUUCAAGGAAGAACGGGCCCAAGAAGCCCAACAAUAGCAGCAAGGGCAAUUUACAACGAAAUAAUAAGAACAAUUCCAUUUCAAAACCAAAUCAGAAUUCCAGAAAUCAGUAUCAGCAAGAUAGAACAGAUCUACCUACGUCAAUUCUUGACUUACCGACUCAUCUACCAAACAUUGCACCUUCGGAGGAAGCUCCUUUCAACGAGGGCUUCGAAGAUGACGACAAAUUGCUCAAAAAAGACCCUUCAGAACCAACAUUUAUACAAGGUACCUCGAUAACACUUCAGACCGAAGAAGACAUAUUGAAAUGGAUUGAAGAAAGAAAGAAAAACUGGCCAUCAAGAAAAAACAUAGAGAAAAAGGAAAAAUUGAAUCAGCAGAAAAGCGAAACUAACAGUUCUACGUCGUCAAAGAAAAGGCCAUACUCCCAAGAUGCAACUGAAAGAGAAGUCAAGGAUAAGAAACAAAAGAAUAUCUGUCGUUUCUACCAGCAACAUGGCCAUUGUAAAUUCGGAAGCAAAUGUAAAAAUGUUCAUGAAAGUACGUCCUCUAUCAAUCCUGUCGCCAGCACUAAUGUAAACGUCAAUGGCGUUCCGGUAUUGAUACCGAAAUUGUAUGUUAACCGUAACAGCAAGGUUGGGCAGAGUAGAACCUCUAGUGAACAGUCUUCGUUGUUUAAGCAUUUGGUCAAAAAAGACAAUCUUGAAAACGAGAACAAGAUCAUCUUGGACUUUGUUCAAUUCCUUGAAAGGGAAGGAUUGAUUGAUCACGACGUAAUGAAAGAAAAGCAAUAG